UGUGUGUGUGUGUGUGAAAGAGAGUGAGACUACUACCCAUCACCUGAAGCUCUUUACGUUAACUUUUAAUAUAACUGCAACCUUUCUGAUGUUCUGGUAUAACUACACUAUUUAUAUACAAUCAAAGCCUUUUAAAAACAAGUGAAUGGUUUCAGUCAACAAAAAAAAUAUUUUGAAAAGGUUAGGCUAGUGUGGCAAACAUUUAUGUUUGAGACAUUUAUAUAUUAACAUUAAAAUGGUAAAAGAUCAUUUUCUCUGUCUAUUCUGCUGUGAAAAUCGGCAAGACCUCUAAUCUCUAGAAGAGCAGCGCGACUUGCACGGCUGAACCGCUGCCGGUGUACGAGCUCUAAUCUGUUAACAUAGGCGUGGAAAUGAAAAGCAAGCCGUUCCACGGCCGUUCUGCAGCCAGUGUGGCACAGGCGUUACUGUUUAGGCAGAUAAUAUGUCAAUGCUUCGAUUACGGUGUGAUUCAGAUGUCCUCAAGUUGCCAAAAGUAUUUUAUUUAAUGUUUGAAUAACGCUGACAUUAGUGCAGUGCAACACCUUCUUUGAAAACAGCUCACCUGAGCACAAGUAAUAGGCCAGAUGAGAACUUUAAAAAAGGUCAACUGUCUCCUGUAAUUCAUAUCAUUUAUCAGAAUAGACAGUUAUUUCAAAAACUAUGCUGACCUGUCAUACGAUUUAUGAAGGAUAACAAAUUGAUUCUCUCUCAUUACUACAUUAUGGCAGAGGCUCGUCUGAUAAUAUGUAAUAACAGUUCUGUAGAUUGCUAGAAUUGUCUGGUAGUUUUGGUGAGUGAGAGUCAGAGGACAGUAUCCCACAUUUUCAGCUGCUGUUUCCGGUGACCUCCCUGUUCAUGCUGCUCUAUGCAAGUUUGACUUUGAACAUCUGAGCCAUCGUUUCUUAUGUGGAACAGAGAAACAGAGCAGAGCCAUAAUUAGAGUGAAGGCUGUCACACUGGCCUGUAGGGAGACGGACUGAGCCACUCUGAGGGAACACACACACACACACACACGUCACACACGUCACACACGUCACACUGAAAAAAUGCCUUUAUUACAGAAGAGGUACAUGUAAGUAGAACCAGAUUUUAUGUGCUGGUCCUUUUGUCGAUUUCGAUCUCGGUUUCUACUCCUCAGCUUUUGGAUUCCUUCUUAGCAAGUGAUUACUCAUCUGCAGCAUCAUGAUGGUCCUCAGCUCUGACUGUGCACGUCCAUAGUGAAGCUUUCCACCAUGUGUCUCUCCUGUUCUGUGUGUCUCUCUAGUCUGACUGUAACAGUGACUGUGACUGUAACAGUCACACUAGACACCUGAUUUUAUUUUUAUGACCAUCAUAUAACAGAGCUGGUGCUGUCAGUAUUGUGAAAUCCUUGUCAUUUUUCAUUUGUACCUCCAGGUAAUUCUGAGGAUGUAUUUUCAAGCAUCAUGGGUAAUUGUUUUUUAACUACUGAGGCUUCACACACUAAAUAUGUUUUUGCAUCUUUAUUUUGGUUUAUGAUUAAAUUUGUCCUCUGCCAGAAGAUGUAUCUUAAACUCCUGAUUUUAAAUUUACACAUUUCCAAAAAUGUUGGUAUGCCAGCUGCUCAAAUGUGAGAAUUUGCUUGUUUUACGUGACAGUAAAUUUGAUAUCUUUGGUCUGCAGGUCAGACAAAACCAGACAUUUAAAAACAACAUCCUGGGCUCUAGGAAAUUGUGCUGCAUAUUACCCCUGAUGUUUUACUCCUUGUGUGAUAAAUGAAGAUAAUAAUUUGAAGAUAUUGAUUAAUGAAAAUUAUUUUCUUCAUUUAGUCUAAAUUUUGUUAGUUGACUAAUUGUUUAAGCGCCUUUUGAAACUCUUGCAUAUUUGAAAUCCGUUGAACUUUUGGCAAAUAAAAGGGACGUUCACUUGGUUCAUAGAUAUCUGACAUUAUUGCACAAUAUUGACAGUUUUUAUAGUUUUUAUCUCUAAGAUAAAUGAAAGUAACUACUUUGUAUGCACUACUCCUCAGACUGCAAACACAUGCAGUGCUUUUAUCGCAGCUCUGGAACUGAAUCAUUGCACCUCAGCCAAUAGUCUGUCUAUAGGGCUGAACUUUGCUCUCUCCUGUGGAGAAUAGUCUUUGAAUAUAAGUAAUCAAUGUCUUGGUACUAAGGUUUCUGAGUGAGAGGUUUAUUUAGGUUCAUCUUGUUUAGAAUGUUUUUUUUGUAGUCCUGGCAGCUACUGUAAAGUAUACAGAGGUACUUUGCUCUCCACAGGCUACUGUCUAGAGCCGACUCCUAAACUCACACAUACAUGCAGGGUUUGAAAAUCAAAUUCAUCACUGAACUGACGAAAGGCCAGUUUCUGUGUUACGUGUGCAUGUGCACGCACGAGUCCAGGGUAGUUUUCCUUUUCUGAAAGGUCAGAUUUAACAUCAUUAAAGUUAACCUCUUUUUUUAAUGCUUACAAUUAAAAUGUGGUUAUUAUGAAGCUGGAUGAAACUUGUGAUCUGUACUUGUCUUUCAGUAGUCGUUUGUGUGUGGCUGCUUAUCUGCUGAUAGUCAAUAAGAAAACAUGAGUCAAGGAUCAAAGGUGAUGUAGUUAAGGUGAGGCUCCCAUUCACAUGAAUGGACUGUCUAUGCAGGGACCAGCUGAGGGACGAAUUUAUGCAGCAGCAGGAGAAAUCCAUGCAGAAGCACAGCAUUUCCAUUUCAAAUAGGUCCUGCUUAAUACACUGACCCACCAGACUUUUGGAGGGGUGCCAGUUUGUGAAAGCAGCAAAUGCACAGCAGCAUCUGCUGAUGAUGCAGUACCCCUCUGCCUCACAACCCCCCCUCCACAGGAUGUGAAGUGGUAGAUGCCUGUUACAUGAUAUGAAGCAUGUUGAGUGAAGGCAGCAGGAUGAGUGUUUGGGAUACAGCACACAGUCACAGUGAGCCGAGAAAACAAAAAAUCUGCUGGUAUUAGGUGUCAUAUCCCCACAACAGUGGAGGCUGUCAACACCUGACCUGGAUCACACGCUGCGUACCUUUCCGGAUCCUCCUUGGAUUACUUUUUUAUUUGAGGACAGAGGAGGACAGCGUGUCCUCUCUGCCUGUGUGUUUAUGCCGCAGCUGGCUGCAGAUGUGCCUGUGCAGAGGAAGUUUGGACCUAAGGAGAGCUGCUGUAGGAGUACCUGUCAGGACUGCACUGGAGGUUACAUCCUCCUGAACCCUGAAAGUCAUCGCUCCUCCUCACUCGGUCUCCAAAAGCCAUCUUUGCUUCUCCCUCUUUGGCAUGACUUGGAAACAAUGUCGGAUUCUAGUCUGUGGACAGUACUGUCCAACUUUAACAUGCCACAUUUCUUCAGUGGAGCCCGUCUGCGCCGGUCAAAGAGCUGCAGAACGAGCAACAGAAAAAGCCUGAUAGGAAGCGGUCAGUCCUCAGGUUUACCACGACCUCACUCACCUCUCUCAUCCCUUACAGGAACAAGCCCACAAGACAGUCCUAGAAAUUUCUCCCCGAGUGCCUCUGCUCAUUUUUCCUUUGCACGAAGUCAUUGCCACAGAGCAGACAGGACUGAUGGUCGCCGCUGGUCUUUGGCCUCCCUCCCAUCCUCUGGAUAUGGAACCAACACGCCCAGCUCCACUGUCUCUUCAUCCUGUUCAUCACAGGAGAAGCUGCACCAGCUGCCCUUCCAGCCUACACCCGAUGAACUGCACUUCCUCUCCAGGCACUUCUGCACUGAGAGCAUCUCCGGGGAUGAAUGCCGCAGAGCGACAGCAAUGCGACCCCGCUCACGCAGUCUCAGCCCGGGAAGAUCUCCAUCAUGUUACGACCAUGAGAUUAUUAUGAUGAAUCACGUCUACAAGGAGCGGUUUCCUAAGGCCACAGCUCAGAUGGAGGAAAGGAUUCAGGAUAUCAUCCGCAGCAACUCUCCAGAGAGCGUCCUCCCUUUGGCAGAUGGCGUGCUCGGCUUUGCCCACCACCAGAUAAUUGAGCUGGCCCGUGACUGUCUGGAGAAGAGCCGGCUUGGACUCAUCACCUCCAGCUACUUCUGCGAACUCACUGACAAACUGGAGAGGCUUGUUCUGGAGUCCACAGAGAGAUCUGACAGCGAGGAGGUAAACUUCAUCCGAGAGCUGGCGAAGAAGAUCCUCAUCGUCAUUGCCAGACCUGCUCGGUUGCUGGAAUGUCUGGAGUUUGAUCCAGAGGAAUUUUACCACCUUUUGGAGGCUGCAGAGGGGCACGCUAAAGAGGGCCAGGGCAUCAAAACAGACAUCCCGCGUUACAUCAUCAGUCAGCUGGGACUCACACGAGAUCCACUGGAAGAAAUUGCUCAGCUGACCAGCUGUGACAGUGGGAUUGCAGAAACCCCAGAAACAGACGACUCUGGUCAGAGCCUGAGCACAGCCUUACGGUCACGGAGAAAACCCUGUGAAUUGGACUUUGAGAUGACAAAACUCAUCAGCAAUGGUGCCUAUGGAGCUGUUUAUCUGGUUCGGCACAAGGAAUCUAAGCAGCGCUUUGCCAUGAAAAAGAUCAACAAGCAGAACCUGAUUUUGAGGAACCAGAUACAACAGGCCUUUGUGGAAAGAGACAUCCUCACCUUUGCUGAGAACCCGUUUGUAGUGUCCAUGUACUGCUCCUUUGAGACUCGCCGGCACCUGUGCAUGGUUAUGGAAUAUGUGGAAGGGGGAGACUGUGCCACCCUUUUGAAGAACAUGGGUCCUCUGCCUGUGGACAUGGCCAGGAUGUACUUUGCAGAGACGGUGCUGGCUCUGGAGUAUCUGCACAACUAUGGCAUUGUCCACCGGGACCUAAAACCAGACAACUUGCUGGUUACCUCGAUGGGCCACAUCAAGCUCACAGAUUUUGGGUUGUCUAAAGUUGGGCUGAUGAACAUGACCACUAACCUGUAUGAGGGACAUAUAGAGAAAGAUGCCAGAGAGUUCUCCGACAAGCAGGUGUGUGGAACACCUGAAUAUAUUGCUCCUGAGGUGAUCCUGAGACAAGGUUAUGGGAAGCCAGUGGACUGGUGGGCGAUGGGAAUCAUCCUCUACGAGUUCCUCGUGGGUUGUGUGCCUUUUUUUGGAGACACGCCGGAGGAGCUGUUCGGACAGGUCAUCAGUGAUGAGAUUAACUGGCCUGAAGGAGAGGAUUCUCCACCUCUGGACGCUCAGGAGCUCAUCACCCUGCUGCUCAGACAGAACCCUCUGGAUCGGAUGGGCGCAGGUGGAGCUGCUGAAGUAAAGCAGCAUCAUUUUUUCUACAACCUGGACUGGAACGGGCUGCUGAGGCAGAAGGCUGAGUUCAUCCCUCAGCUGGAGUCUGAAGAUGACACCAGCUAUUUUGACACUCGCUCUGAGAGAUACCAUCAUCUGGAGACAGAGGAAGAGGAUACAAACGAUGAAGACUUCAAUGUGGAGCUGCGACAGUUCUCCUCCUGCUCUCACAGAUUCUCGAAGGUUUACAGCAGCCUGGAUUUGUCUCGUGGGCACCUGGAGGAAAAAGGAGAGACGGAGGAGAAGAAGAGUGAGAGCCCACUGACUGUGGACUCUCCCAGCUGGACGCCAGACUUUGCUGAAAUGCCCUCGUUGUCCCACUCGACAGACACAGACAAUAUGAAUCAGGGCCCCCGCUCCACCUUGCUGCCAAAGUUUGCCAUCUCCGCUGAGAGCGAAGGAGAUGAGACCUCAGGCAUUGGUGACCCCAGCAAGACCUCCUUCUCCAUCGGAGAGCUGCCACAAGAUGAGCCUGAUGUUACAACCCCAGGCAGCACCCACAGUGGAGCCACGCUCUCUGGUAGCUUCUCAGAACAUCUGGACCAGCUGACACCCAGAGGUGAAGAGAUGAUGAGCCCUGACUGUUCCAGUCAUACCGCCGCAGACCAGGGUGCUCAGAGCAGCUCCCUGCGGCCUGAGAGUGCUGCAGAAAAGGCCAGAGCUGUGGCUAAAGUCCCGAAGUCUGUGUCAACUGGGACCCUCUCUCUGAUGAUCCCUGGAGAUAUCUUCGGGGUGUCUCCGCUGGCCAGCCCCCUGUCCCCUUACUCCCUCUCAUCAGACCUGUCCUCACGAGACUCCUCUCCCAGCCGAGACUCCUCCCUCUGUACCACAAACCCACGGCAGCCCAUCAUCAUCCACAGCUCUGGGAAGAAGUUUGGCUUCACGCUGAGGGCAAUCCGGGUGUAUGCCUGUGACAGUGACAUCUACACUGUCUAUCACAUGGUCUGGAAUGUCGAGGACGCUGGACCUGCACAUAAAGCAGGACUUAAAGCUGGAGACCUCAUUACUCAUGUCAACGGAGAACCAGUCCACGGUCUGGUCCACACUGAAGUGGUGGAGCUCCUGCUCAAGAGUGGUAGUAAAGUGGCCAUCUCCACAACCCCCUUCGAGAACACGUCAAUAAAAACGGGUCCAGCCCGGAGGAACAGCUACAGAAGCAAGAUGGUCAGAUGUGCCAAGAAACCCAAGAAGGAGAAAACACCAGAAAGGCGUCGCUCCCUGUUCAGGCGUUUUGCCAUGCAGCCCUCUCCUCUCCUGCACACAAGCCGCAGUUUCUCUUCUCUCAACCACUCUCUGUCAUCUGGUGAGAGUCUCCCCGGCUCCCCCACCCACAGUAUCUCCCCUCGCUCCCCUACCGCUGCCCUCCGCCCCACACCAGAUUUCACCCAGUCAGGUGGCAACUCCUCCCAGAGCAGCUCUCCCAGCUCCAGCGCUCCAAACUCCCCUGCAGGCUCUGGCCACAUUCGUCCCAGCACGCUCCACGGCCUUGGCCCCAAACUGCCGGGUCAGCGGCUCCGUCAGGGGCGCCGCAAGUCUGCUGGUAGCAUUCCUCUUUCUCCUUUGGCUCGCACACCUUCACCCACCCCCCAGCCGACAUCACCUCAGCGCUCACCCUCUCCCCUUCUCAGUGGACAUUCUGUUGCCAUUUCCAAGACGAAUCAAGCCUUCCCCGCCAAAAUACAUUCCCCACCAACGAUUGUGCGCCACAUUGUACGCCCCAAAAGUGCUGAGCCUCCUCGGUCACCCCUGCUAAAACGAGUCCAGUCUGAGGAGAAGCUGUCCCCCUCUUACACAGGAGACAAGAAGCACCUGUGUCCCAGAAAACACAGCCUGGAAGUGACCCAAGAAGAGGUGCAGGAUGAGGAGCUGAGGCCUGGGGAGCGGGAUUACACCAUCCUGCAGAGUGUGGAAGAAACUGCCUGCGAGCCACAAGCAAUCAGCCGUGUACGGCCUGUUGAGCAGGGCUGCUUAAAGAGGCCAACCUGCCGCAAGAUGGGCUGGCAGGAGUCAGUAGAGGAGCUCGACAAGGACAAACUGAAGUCCAAGAUAGUUGUGAAGAGACAGGAGUGGUCGGAGAGGAGGGAGUCGCUACAGAAGCAAGACGCCCUGCGAGAAUCUGACUCAUCCCCCUUGUGUGGUGAUGACAGGGAUGAAAGUUUUUUGGUCAGAGUUCAAAACAAAUCUCAAAGCAGCCCAGAGUGUGGCCCUCUGGAAGCCAAAGGUGCCAGCACCGCCCUUAAAGACGUUCUGUAUAAGAAACUCAACACACGAGUCUCCGAGGGCCUCGCUGAACCAUCUGGUGGCUGCAGUGAAAACGAAGGAGGACUCCGAACAACUCUCUGCUCUAUUCACCCAGAGUGGCAGCACUGCAGGCAGGGUAAAGACAAUAUGAAGCCAGACAGACUGGACUUCAAAGCUCCCAAUAUCGAGUUCACCAGGAAGAGAUUGUCAUUCGAAGAUCGAGAAGAUUGCAUCUGUCGACUCUCUGCCGGCAUCCAUGAGAACCUCCACUUUGGCUCCACCAGGUCAAAGAGCCUCCAGCUGGACACAGCCAUGUCUCACGAGCACAUGAAGGCAGCACUGGGCAGUGUUCACUCCAGCCCUGAAGGCCUCACCCCAAAGCUGUUUUCCGGUAGAGGAGAGAGCGCUGUGGAAAAACUACAGCUCAUCUCCUCGGCAGAGUCUCCCCUCCGAAAGACAUCGUCUGAAUAUAAACUUGAAGGGCGCCAUGUCUCCUCUCUCAAACCUCUAGAGGGCACCCUGGAUAUCGGCCUGCUCUCUGGGCCCAGAGUCUCCAAAACAGAAACUUGUUUAUCCAAGAUGACGGAGAACACAAGCGACUCUGUUUGUGCAAGUCCUCCAAUUUGGCUCCAGAGCCCCACUGAGAGACAGUUAACCAUCCCCCAGUUGAAAACUGCAGACAAGCUGAAGAGCCCCCUGACAUGUUCCCCCAGCCCUGAAGCUGUUUCUUCUCUAAAUAGCAUAGUUGUCUCCAAAGAGCAAUCAAAUAAUUCACCCUCAGAGGUUAAAACAAGCAGAAGUGAUGAGAAAACACAUGACAGACACAGUGACUCAUUAAAGGCUCCAACCAGCAAAGUGGAGGCCUCAACUUUUACUAUUAAACAAGAGAGCAGGGCUGGUAUGAAGGCCACUUCAUCGCUGGCUCACGAACACAGAGGCCCUCGGCACAGCUCCCACUUCUCCUCCUGUGGAAAAACACCGUCCAUACGGGAAGUCAGCAAUGAAGAUCAGGAGGAUGAAGUGGAGCAGCAGGAGGUCACAGCACACACAGCGUCACAAAGUAGUGCCAGCUCCAAGACAGUCGUCUCUUUCACUUCACCAAAGCCAGAGGUAAAAACUUCCCCAGCACCCGCACAAGUGGAGACUCCAGCUGCAGCUGCCAAUGAUGCAUCACCAGUCUCACUGCAACAGACUAUUAACUCCGGUGUGGACACAGUUCAGCGUCAAGGCUGCGCGAAACAACCAGAUACAACUACACAGCACAUGACCUCUGCUUCAAUGGUUAAUGUACAGAACAAACCAGCAUCUGCACACGUUCCUGAGAAUUUGCUUUCAAAACUGCAACAGCCGAACAUCUGCUCAUCAAAUCCCGAACCUCAGGUUUCUAUCACAACAUCUGCAUUCACUUCAGGCUCUGUACACGACAAGAAAUCCUGCGGUUUGAAACCAGAAGCCCAGGACAGCUGUGAGAGACCCGUUAGUAAGGACACUGUGCAGUCUGUCAAAGUGGUCGCUAAUACAGGAAGCUCAGGCUCGAAGAAUGAAAUCAACAGAUGUGCCACGGUUUCAAAAGUGUUGCUUAAGAGAGACGUUGCUGCAGUAAACGCCUCAUCACAAAAUGUUGCAGAAGUCCCACUGAGCCUGAAUAAAAAGGAUAACACUGUGUUCGUUGGUCAAAGAGAGAGCAACAGCACGUCACUGCAGAAGAAAGACGAUCCUGUACCAGCAAAGAUAAAGAAUGUGACAGAUUCAGAGCAGAGUUCUAAAAACUGUCCAGCUGUAAAAACACUACACAAAUCAUCUGAUUCAGAACUCGGCACCUUUAAGAGAGAGAACACUGUUAUCAGUGUGAAAGAAAACAAUGUGUUUCUUUCAACCAAACUGAAAAGUUCCGCUUCAGCAACUGCAACUGGGCCACAGCCUGCUCCACACGGCGCUGUGAAGACAGAGAGGGAGUCAAAACCACUUGAAGUGAAACCUCACAGUGUAGCUGCUCCUCUCUCACUCGUAAAGGUCAGUCCAAAUUCAAAACAGAGACAUCUGUCUAAAGAGUCUGCGCUGUCGACUGCAAACGUUCAAAUAACCCAUGACGCCAAACGGAAAGAAGCCUCGCUGCCGUCCGCCGGAGCUGACGUGAAGCGGGAGGAAUCGGUGCAGCUGACGCAUUCUUCCACUGUCGCCGACGUGAAGCAAAGAGAGACCCAGCCCAAAAGCUCUGUAGCAACCACAGCUGUUAUAGGAAAAGAAAACACUGACUUGAAGCCAAAAUCUCUCCCUCAGAAAACUGUCCCUUCAUCAUCGACUCUUAAGACUUCUCCAGCUCCAGCACAGUUUGUUAAACAAAGUCUUGAUUUCAAACAUAAAGACCCCUCACCCAAAAAGCAAGCCCCAGUGGUUAAAGACCAUCACGACUCAAAACCAAAAGACGUUCACUCCCCUCAUGCUGGUCCUCCACAUCAGCAGCAGCAGCUCAGGGCGCUGUGGGAUGUUUCCUCUCAGCCUCAUCCACCUCCUGUGCUGCCAAAACCUGCUGUGAAGAAAGAAACGCCUUCGCCAAGCAGUGGAGCCGCCUCAUCCAGGCUCUCCACCUGUUCAGCCCAGGACACGGUAGCCAAGAUAUCCAAAGCUGACGUGCUCAAACCAGACAGUCACAAGGGCCUGGAUACCAGAACCGCCGCCCCUGACAAACUGGCAUCCUCCGGCCGCAAGGAGCAGGCUGACAGGAAGAAAAAAGAAACGGUUCAAGAUGUGGCGUCCGUGCAGAAAAACACAAAACGAGACACAUCCAGAGCCGCUCCUGCCGCACAGAAAGACAGUUCAGACAAAGAUGGCGGCAGGUGCAAGCAGCAGAAGGAGUCACCACGUAGCUCCGGCAACAAAAAGUAAAGAGCAAGGAGAAAAACAGCAGCUGACGUUAUCAGCUCACAGAAUCCAGAUGUAAUAAAAUGUUAGAAACGGUUCAUACAAACAUCAUCAUGCCUUUUGUUUUUGUUUUUUUUGUAUAUUUUUGAGGACCGGGCAAGCUGUUACACGCUGAUAAAGAGGUAGAUGCGUCUGUGCGUGCACCUGUGUGCAUCUUAUGAGAUAUGACAACAUAUGUAAAUGUUUAGGUCUGAAUGUCACCGAUCAUUUCUGGUGUUUUCUGAAGUGAGUAACUUUUAAGCGAAUGUUUGGAAGUCGGUGUUCGUCGCAGAAUGCUUCGUGCAAUCAGUCUGUCAGAGGCAAUAGAGAGGAGCCUUGGAGGUUAUGACGUACUGUAGUCAGUGCCAUGAAUGAUUUUGAAUUGCACUCUUACUUCGAGACCUGAAGGACCUGAUGUUGAAGUCGUUUUAAUGCAGUAGACCACGCGAUUUUGCUCAGCAGUUAAAUAAAUGUAUCACGUGUAUGUUUGGUCAAACCAGACACUUUUAAAGUUGGGUUUUGAGCCGUGGUACUCGGAGGGAACGCCUGUGCUUUUCACCUAAAACUUAAAAAAAUUUAAAACACAGAAUUAUCUCUGAAAUCAUGAAUUAGUGUGGGGGCCUUAGAAUUAUGGGAAAUCAAACGUGCUGUUCUUAGCAAGAUGUGGUGUUUAUUCACAUUCCUCUGACAUCUGUACAUAUAGUUUUGAUUUUUAUGCAAUAUGGUGAAAAUAUAUGAUAACACUGUAAAACUGGGAUACAUGGGCUUUCAUGAUUGUUGUUUGUAUCAUAUGUAUAGAUUUUUGCAGUGUCAUGUUUGUAUUUAGAGUAUCCGCUUGAUAACUAAGCUAACGUGAUGUAUCUCAUCAGAGGCACCCUCCUCUUGACAUGUUCCAAAAUCCACUUGAAGAGAGAUAAGAAAAGGCACGAGGGGGUCACUGGGCUAUUUCUAAAAGAAAAUGUAGCAUUGUUAUAAGAAAACUGUGAGGGCUGUCUGCGUUUCCCAGGAAUGUCUUUCCCGCUGAUGGCGUGGUCGCCGGCUGACAGCAGCUUGUAGAAUGACGACUGUGUAAAAUAUGAAAUAUUGUGUCUGAUAAAUGAGACGAACCCGCAGCUCCGCACACGUUCGCCAACGGCCAAAACUGCAGUCUAGUGUUUUGUUUUUCUAAAGUCUCUGGGCAUCAUCCGUGGUUCCAUCCGUGUAGAGUGAUAUCGGCUCAAUCGCGAGUAAGAGCGAGUUCCCAGAGUGCUUCACUGUCGGUGUUUCAAAGAGCUUUGAUGUCAGGCUUCAGUCAGUGUUGUUAAAAAUGUCGUGUUUGUGUUUCAGACUCUUCGUAAUGAGCAGAAGAUUUUCUAUAAGGAAUCCUGAUUAUUUGCAUAGUUCAUAUCCAUGACAUACAUUUGAUGUUAAUGUGCAAAUACUUGGUACUAUACAUAUAGGCCGUCAUAUAUCAGCAUUCACUUUCUGCAAUUUACACACGUUUCUGUAGAUGCCUUUUACAUCACAAACCCUAAAAUGACAGCCAGAAAGUAGUCUAGGACACUAAGUAUGUAAUGCAGUAUUUGCUCUGUUGUGCUGGCUAUAUAAUAACAAUAACCUUGUCUACUACAUAUACUCAAUGUUGACAAGUCAAAGAGAAAAUACUUCAUUUAACAGGACACAGAAAAUAGUUUAUCUGCGUCCGAGAAUGACACGUGAGGCGGCAGAGAUUUUAAUGUUGAAAGAAUCUGAUGUGUACCUGCAUUAGAUCUUAGAAAUGUAUUGCUAAUGUUUUGUGAAUAAAGAAUAAAUGCACCUUAAUUUUUUGCCAGGCGUCAGUUCAGAAGGUGAGAAAAGAGGAAAAUUGGAACUGAAAACUGGUUUAUGGAUUCCCCACUGAAACGAAUCACUGACUUUUAUUUGACCAGUUAAACAUGCAGGUUUUCUUCAUUUUCUGUGAUGACUGAUAUUUAAAAUCCUCGAAGCACAUUCAAUGUUUGUUUACAAAGCAUCAUGGAUGUAUAUUUUGUAUAUUGUUGAUUUGCCAAAUCUCUGUUCUGUGUCACAGAUGAUGUUGUUUAUAGUAGUGUGAGACUUUGCUCCCCUGCCACCACCACCAUGUGUAAUGAGAACAUUUGUUUGUGCCGUAAUCAAUGUCUUUUUCUUACGUCAGGUUCUUCUUUGUCUGCUCGUCUCCUCGGUUGUCUUUCGUUUUUUUCCUCCUCUGUGCAAAACUAGUAUUAGAUGAACUCGCUUACAUUGGUUUGUCUUUUAGAACAUGUGCAAUAAAAGUGUUUUGAGUUUUGUAUUUUGCUCAAGGAAAGCUCUAUGGAUGUCAUAGAUGUUGUAUAUUAAAACAGAUAUUUAUACUUCUAAUGUUGCGUAAUACUGAAAAUAAAAUGGAAUUAUAAAUUA